UUGUUUCAUAAAAGUGGACUUUGUGUAACUCUGCUUUGAGCAGUACAUAGUUCUUUAUGCUGUGAUCAUGAAUCAUGCAUUACCACAUUCGGAGGCUUCAUUGAGGCCUUAUCAAGUGCUGUUAGGUCCACAUGGGUGGUCCACACUCAAGUCAAAUCAUGCUCUCGUCAUGUGCCAUGCAUUGCUCCAUGCGGGUGGGCCUCAUUGGGUCUUUCAUUAAGUGAAAAAGUACUGCACGUUGUGUCGCUUGGGUGGGCCCCACUGAGAUCUUGCUACAAUAGUGAAAUCGCUUUUUCUCUCUUGACCUUGAAGCUUGCAGCCAUUCAACCAUUGAGUGAUUCUGCAGUUUUUUGCCAAGUAAUUCAGAAUUAGAGAUGAACGAUGAAACAAAACGCAUGGAACCAAUCAAGUUCCUGUGGUUGCAGCCACACCUAGACUGUAAAUGCAUUGUGGGUAGGAUGAACUCUCGUCAAGGUUGUGUUAACAAAAACACCGAACCCAUAAUUUCUAAGAUGCAGGAUUUAUACUUUGAGUUUCCAUGUAUAAUCACAUGGCAUAUGGGGGCAUGGAAGUGAAGCUCCACACUUACAUUAGCACUAAAUGGGGAUGAGUGGUAGCUUCUAGGUGCCUUUAUUCCUCUGGUAUCUACUGGGUAGGAGAAUGUGUGCACCUAGUGCAAUGUAAACAGAAAAACCACAAGAACUUCACUGAAACUUGUGUUUCAUUUAUAAUCGGUUAAGUUUACUGACCAAAUUGUCACAAUCUGUGCUGUAAUUUACAGGUGAAAACAAAUGGUUGGCAUGCCUGUUUCAUAUUUGGGAGUUGCCAGUAUAAAUGUCAUCUCGGAGACUGGGCCGUCAUUGAAGUUUCUUGUAUUUUAUUUUAACUUUUAUCAGCCAUGCAUCAUUUCUUGCACGUAGCCCAUCUGGCCAGUCAUCAGAACAGCAUGCAGUAAAACCAUUAAACCCUGGAGUUAAAGUCUGGCCAAGAGCCCCAUAGAACAGGUUUAUCCCUUAUUCCCAUAUGAUAAAGGUUUUAUAUGCCACAAUCACAUUCUUCUAUUUCCUUCCUAAUUUUCCAUUAAUAAUCAUCCUGUCAUAUAUAAGUAAGUCAUGCGGAUUAUGCAAGCCACUGGUGUGCACAGACUUGUGAAAUAUUUGAGACAACGUUGAUCUAAAAUUUUGUCGAACAAGACUACAUAGCUUUCAUUUAUUCCCUGCUGGAGUUAUUAGAUACGGUCCAGUGCACAGUCCGUGCCACUGCAAGAGAAGAAUUGUAGUCUCCACUGCACAAGCAAGUCAUGUUUUUUUCUUUAGAUAUAUUUUUUUCUUCAUUGUGGAAAACGUUCUGCUGAAAUGUCUUGCACGAUAUUCACAUUGGGAUACUUGGAAUGUCAACACAAAGAACACUGUAUAGUAAAUAGAAAAACAUAAAUGCUGUGGUGCAAAUUAUUACUGAAGUACUGCAGACAAAAUGUUUUACUGCAUUUGGACAGUGAUUGACUGCGAAAAAGGACUGAUCUAUAACAUUAGUGCUAUCAUCAUUUGUAUCAUUAUUCUAUAUAGAAAAAAGUACAAGCAGAACUUUUAAUUAAGUAUGAUUAUAUUAUUAAGAGUACAUAACAAACUAUGAAACAUUUCAUGCAUAGAACAAUUUUUCAUAUUUAUUCUAAAAUUUAUGACUGUUCUUCAUCUCAAACUUCAUCACUUUGUAGACGUAGGAACCUCAGGACCACUACAGUAUGAAAGAUCCUCAAUGAAUUCACCAAAUUAUGACAUGCCAGUCACUUUGAAGGCUGAAAUAUGUCAUAUCUGCCAAAAAGGAAAUGUUUGUAUAUAUGUCGAUUGCCGUCUUCUCGGAUGAUAUGACACUUGUGGCUAUCAACAUUUCAAAGGAACCACCUAAGUUACCUUAUUGUUAGCAUAUUACUAUACUCAGAAGACCCUGGGUUUAAUGCAAACCACUACCAGUAAUAAAAAAUACGUAAAAAUCUGUCGGUAUAAUGACGACAGAUCACCUGAUGAUGGGAGUAGAGUCAACUCCUGAAACAUUACAUAAAUCAAAUUACCCCAGACAAUGGACAGUGUCAGACAUGUUAUUCUUGUGUGGAUGGAUAAUAUUAAAAUUGAUUGUAGACAUAAUAUGUAAAUAUGUGAUCUGAAAUUUUCCUAUGGACUACUGUGAUUGUAAUGAAUCUUUGGAUUCCAUAAAACCAGAUGUGCAGAUGUCUUACACAAUAGCAGUAUUUCAGCGUUUAUACCUGCUAUAAGAUCGUGAACACAGCGUUACCUACUAGAGAAGGACCCUUCUCCCUUGUGAUGUUACCUCACUUGUGGGUCAACCUUUGAAUGUCUCCGACUGUCUCUCUCUUUCCUGUAGAUCCAGCCGGCUUACUGCUGUUUUCCUUGAAAUUAUAUAAUCAUCCGCUGUUGGUUUGCUGGGCCUAACACAGAUUAACGCAGCCCAUUUGGCUAUUCUCUCAUAGUUCCUGUCAGGCAUCCUCAAGUACCUAGGAGUUUCCAUUGACAAGUCACCCAGACAGGUAGUGCGCUACUUGAAUGUUGGACACAGCAUUUGACCUUGGGAGGGAGGGAGAGGAGCUGAAGUGAUAUAAUACAAUAAACAUAAUACUUCACUUAUUUGUCACAUCCAUAUUUUUGUUGUUUCAAUGAUAAUUCUCUAACAGUCAUUUUAAUUCUGAUUAAUCCUAAUUAACUGAAAUAAACAGAGUUGACACAGAAUAAUGAAUUCACAAUUUAAGCUCAGUAUACUUGGCCUGUGUCUCUUCCAAGUGGUGGCAUACUGCUAAAGUGAACUUCAGAACCUCUUAAUGCGCCAGAUUAUGUUUUGGUGUGAUUGUUAUUGUUGUAGUGGGGUGAGAGUAUGUCUCUAUGGAAUUGUGGUUGCCAAAAGGGCCGUAUAUUCAGCUGUAAACUUGUAUGUGUGUGUAUGAUUGUAUUAUAAAGAAUGUUUCACAAUUGGUCUGCUCUACAUCCAGGGGUAAUUUUCAAUAAAAGUUCUUAUACAACUUUGGUCCUAUUUCCAGCUAUUGUGUAGCUAUGGCAGGAGUUUACUGCCUGUCAAAUAUUUUGGGGCCCUCUUGUACGUAUGCAGCAGCGUCCAUAAACUGAUACACGAGUUCCUCUCUCAUGUGCACUUUGUCUCUGUAGGUUAUGUUCUUCAUGAGGCCCCGUGAAAAGAAAAGAAGUGGGGUUAGGUUUAUAGAUCUUGGUAGGGGACCACAAUUGUCAGUCCAAUGAUUUUUGUAAUGCUGAUCCAAGUAAGCUAUAACUUCAUGGCCAAAAUGUGGAGGUGCACCAUCAAGCUUAACAAAGAACCUGUGCUUUGUCUCCAUAGGCAUAUCCUCCAUGAAAAGUGACAAUUUGUCAGGAAUGAUUCAUCUGGCAGUAGAAUCUUGUUUGGAAAAGGAUAGGCUGUGCACUGAAAACCAUGUGUGUGUUGGUGCGAGUAGCGAGGAAGAUAAUUUGGAGGUUUCCGAUCAGCUGCUGAAGCCAUUAAAAAUGAGGAGAAAGAGACAUGUCAGAAACCCAACAUCUCUACAAGAUGGACAUGUCUGAUACCCUAAACUCGUAUUUCCUAAUAUGUAAUUUUAAUUUUCAUAAGUCCACUGUGGACGACUGUGAUAAAUUUUUAAAUUUUAAUGCAACAUAAAUGCUCUCACUUUUAUCUUGUCAACACAUGCUAGUAAUAAUUAAGUUUGUAGAGUAUUAUUUAUACUGUACAGUGUGGGACAAAAAGGAAUGCACUGCUGUUUACCUGGUCCAUGAAUCAGGAAAGGUUGGAAGAUCUUGAAACUAGAAACCAUGUGCCUUAUGGACCAUGGCCUUAUAUUAUAUUCUCAAUAUUUCUGACACAAAAGUGCACCACUUAACAUCAUUAGUCCAAUAAAAUUCACAUUACCGAAACCAAAGGAUUAAUUUUAUUGUCCAGUCAUCUCCAUUUUGGUUAUCUUAAAGUGGGCACUUUUCCGUCACAACCGCCAUUAUUUAACUGUUGGAAAAAAUACUGGGAGAAAAAGAAAAAUGCCUUCUACUGACUGUGGAUUCUCAGAGCAUACCAUCACAAAGCAUACCUCUGCUGAGGCGUGAACAUCCUUGUUCACACUUAUUCGGAAAUGAAAGUCAUUGGCUCCACAAUAUAAUGACAUCCAAAGGUCACUCACUCAAUUUGUUUCUUGUGACGCAAUCUGGACAACCGUGACAGAAAGCUUCCAAAUUAAUUAAGAUGUGGAAAGUGUUUGAAAGAGACAAGGCCACAGAACUGCUUAUAAAGGCAAGAAGUCUGCUUUCCAGCAGCAUUUGUUUCCACAAUGUUGGCAGCCCUCUGUGUUGUGUUACUGAGUCUCGAGGCACAGAGUUAUAGCAGUGAUCUGAAAACAGUUGACGUUGAGUUGAUUCCAGAGGAGCAGAGUACUGCCGAUGUGGGGAGGAGCCUUUCCUUGGGACUGGAUGACAAGAGACAUAACUUCAUUGAUAUACUGGAUGACCAGACAGCGGCAGGUUCAGAGUUCUACGCUCCUGUUAUUGGCAGCUAUGACGAACUGCAGAGGAAGGAGGGUGAGUCCUAUAGGCUGGAGGACGUUGGGGACGCAAGAGGUGAGGUGGGCUUUUAUGGUGCCUCGAGACAGAAGGGCUCAAGGGCACAGGUGAGUGAGGAUGGUUAUGCUGCAGACCGUCAGGCAGCCCACGGGGACAAGUUGAACCGUGGUUACUACGACGACAACAGUGGUGCCCGGAGGGCCUAUGACGUGGGGCAAGCCUCAUAUGGGGAUCAAAUGUUUAACCGCCAGGGGCAGGCCGCAGCUGCGGUCGGUUCCAGAGGAGGCCACCGGAAAGGUCACCACUCCUCAGGUUUCAAGAAUUCAUACUACAAAGAUGAGUCUGGUAACAAAUCCCGCUUCUUUGAUGAUGCUAAUGACGAGGGCGGCCACUAUCUGUACGACGCCAGGGAUGGCGCUUUCAGGAACCAAGGAGCGGACAAGUACCACGGAGGCUACGAGGACGGGGCCUACCAGGACAGCGCCAGAGGGAAGCAGGGCAAGUAUGGAGCCGCUGCGGAUUAUGACGACAGCCGAGGCCACAAGGGACGCUACGCGCAAGACGACUAUUACGACGAUAAGACUGGGUACAAUCAGCAACGUGGAGGGGAAAGUUUCGGGAGGAACAAAGAAGCCGACCGUCAGUACCACAAAGCUGCGGAAGAGUAUAGCAGGCCUGCUGUAGUUGGAGGUUAUGUGACCCCAACUGGUAUUUACAACUACGACAGGCAAUUAGAUUAUUACAACCCCAAAGCCUCUCAUACAGCAGCAAGUUAUCCAGUGCCAUAUAACAAUUUUUAUAAAGAUAGAGUAGGACAAUCUGCGUCUGUUGGUGAUUCCGUAUAUAAUGGCCCUAUAAAGGGAAAAGGUUAUGCAGAAUACGUAGAUUCAGGUGCCAGCAAUUAUUAUCCGGGAAACAGGGGUGAAAUUAACGGAUAUGACGAACCGAGUUAUUACAGUUCCAUUAAUUAAUACAAUUUGUUAACAGUUUGAAUAGUAAUUAUUAACCAAUGAAAAUAUACACACAACGACCAAGCGCGGACAUCAAAGUACCAUGGAUUACUUCCUGUCUUUUCCAUGGAAACUAGCACAAACUUGUUUUCUUUUCCAAGAGAGAGCGCUACAUUCAGAACAGACAAGUCAGGCAACGCAGUUGCUGUAAUCGAGUUAAAUGAUGUGUUACGUAAGUGAUUAGUGCUGCUGUGAACGUUGGAGGGUGAUGUAAAGUUGCGUGUUGUUAACGACCUACAACAUGUUGCUGCGGUAAUUAAAUAGUGACAUGUUGAUAAAAGUGCAUUUUAUUUCAGUUAUAUGCAGUGGAUCUACUGCAUCACAAAGAGCAUUUGCAAGGUAAAUUUACGAUAUUUCCCCAUUGCUAAAAAUGUUAAUAUUGGGUUCAUGCGCCCACUUUAAACGCAACAACGUGAAAUGAAAACAUAAAUUGGGUCAUGGUUGUUCAUAGCUGGUUGUAUCGGUAUCAUGCGUUAAAGAAUAGGGUCAUUUUAAGUACGAAAGUUAUUUUUACUGGCGCACAUUGCAUUGUUGGAAAAGUAUGAGUUGAAUGCAUAUUUUGCUAUCGUUAGAAAUGACGUUUUGUUUCGCUUUCGUUAUUAAUGCAUGUUAGAACGACCUUGAGUGAGGCUGCAGGUGAUCAACAUGACAAAGCGUUGUGCUUACGAAAUCUGUUAAAAAGUUUACAGAAUGUGUAGUGCAGUAACUGAAAAAUAAAACUAUUGUGAUGGCAUUUGCAGAAUUGUAGUUGCAAUUGAAAUGUUUCUUAUAACAUCCUUGCACGAAGGGCUUACAAAUUACGCUGUGUGUUCAAGUUGUGUAAGCUUCAAAAUUGACCAACAGUUGCAAAAUGAAAUGAAAACAUAUCGAAAUAUAGUACAUGUAUUAUUGGUUUGUUGUGUGUAUGUGAGAGAGAUUACAAAUUACAACAUAAUCUAGUUCAGUAUCACAUUCUUCAAUGAUCUGUUAUCAUGCACAAUGCCAGAAUCCUGCACUAAAGGACUCUGGUAAUGAAAAGGAGAAAAAAUGUUAGAAUAAAUGUUAUUAGAAAAAAGAGAAUGAGUUUUAGUGUUGCAACAAUAGAUUUGUUGAGUCAUGUUCCAGUGUAACAGUAAACUUAUUUAUAUUUAAUAUAUGCAUAUAUAUUUAGGGCUUAUCUGAUUUAGAAGUUGUGUACUAAAUUAUAAAACCAGAUAUUUCUUUUAGAUUACAGGAUGUAAUUGUAUAUACUUUUCUUUAGCGAGAGUUGUGAUUUCUUUAUAAAUUAACAGAAAUGUUAUUGUUUGUAGCGUGUUGUUGCAGUAUGAACUACUCCCAAUGUAUUUGUAGUCACUUUGUUGUCCCAUUCAAGAAGGUUUGAUUUUUGUAAGUGACAAUGACAGUUUUCCAGUUUGAAUUACAUUUACAUUUGAAUAGUCUA